AGGAAAACCCCCUGGCUAUCAAAGCCUGGAGGAGGCAUCCUUCAGUAUUCUUGAAAUAACUGCUGUUGAUGUUGGAAUCGUUGCCAUCAAGGGCUUGUUCUCUGGCAGAUACCUGGCCAUGAACAAAAGGGGCAGACUUUAUGCAUCAGAAAAUUAUAAUGCAGAGUGUGAGUUCGUGGAGAGGAUCCAUGAAUUGGGUUAUAACACCUAUGCAUCCCGUCUCUACCGGACUGUACCUAACAGAGCUGGCACCAAGCGCAAAGCCAGUGCAGAGAGACUCUGGUAUGUCUCAAUCAAUGGGAAAGGACGACCCAGAAGGGGCUUUAAAACUCGCAGGACACAGAAAUCGUCUCUCUUUCUGCCCAGAGUAUUGGAUAACAAAGACCAUGAAAUGGUCCGACUCUUCCACACAAACAUGAAAUAUCGAGAAAGUCUCCUGAAGCCCCCGAGCAAGAACCAGCGCAGACGGAGAGGACGCUGA